AUGACUGAAAAUACUGAUUCAACACCUUCUCAAAAACAGCAACAAUAUCAUCGAUAUCCGCUUCGUGGGCAUGCAACAAAUCUUUAUAGCGACACAGUUGUCGUUGUCGGAGGUGGUAAUAACAGCCCUUCAGCUACCUACUACAAUAACAACAUCAAUACAAAUGUUACAAAUACACUAAACACAAACAAACAAAAAAUUAAUGUAAAAUUUCCUUCAAACACAAAUGUGGCCACAAAAAGUGGUGGAAACCAGCGGGGAGGGCAACAAUCUAGAACGGCAACAUUUCAACAAGGGGCUGUAGCAGAUUUGUUAUCAGCACAAUUGAAGGCGGAUUUGAGGAAAUUGAAGAAUGUCCUAAAAUUACCAAAAGCUCGUCGUUUCGUUUUUUGCGAGUAUUUUUACUCGGGUGUUGAUCAACAAAUAUUUUUGUCAGAAAAUGAAUUUGCCCAAUUAAUGAAAGAAUCUUUUCCAAAUUUAAAAUGCACAAAAAUGAGAAAGCCAGAAUGGAGAGAAGUUAGAAGACUUGUUGGAAGGCCUAGACGUUGUUCUCAAGCAUUUUUGAAUGAAGAAAGAGAAGCGUUGGAAGAAAAACGACAAAAAAUACGUCAAAUCUAUGAAGGGACUUGUUCUUCAAUAGAUGAUGAUUCAAUUGAUUUACCUUCAUAUUUGCCUCGUCCACCAGUUUUGGGACAAAGAAUUUAUGCUCGUGUUCAUAAUCCAAAAGAUGGAAUUUAUGCUGGUUCGAUUGAUGCUGUCUCUGCUGGGGAAGGAUCUUACCGAGUUAUUUUUGAAGAUUCAGCAAUUCCUCCGAGUGUUAUUAAAGAUUAUGAAUUAAUGUUUGACCAACCAGCAGAUCUUUUAUCAAUACAAUACUUUUUGGAACAAAAUCAUGCCAACAGAAGUCGUUCAAGUGGAAUAAUAAAUCCAUUAUCUACAACAAAAUCCCCGCAAAAACAGCAACAACAACAAUCUUCUUCCUCUUCUCAACAACAGUCAAUUUCUUUAGAAAAACAGCAACCAAUAAAUUAUAAUCAAAAUAAUUUAACUAAAAAUGUAGCAGAAUAUCAACAACAUUCAAAACCUACAAUUACUGAAAAUCAACAAAUUUUGCAUUCUUUGGCUAAAAAUGAAAGUGAAACUAGAGAUAAACCGGCAGUUAAAGCUGUUAUAGGUUUUUAUUUUUUGGGGGGAUUUACUGGGCUGGGUAGUUAUUAGAAUGUCAGUUAUUAGAAUGUCACUUAUUUUUAGAAUGUCACAUUCAGGGAUUAAUUGAGUGAGCUUGUUAGUUGAUGCGCUUAGGAUAUUACAAAGACCCGUCUUUUUAAAAAAUUCCAUCCUUUUAACAUCUCUUUAGAAAUAAUUAACUACAGUCGGUAGGAUACACUCUCCCGUCUGAAAAAUUAUACUUUAUACUAUAAUGUGAUGUAUCCUAACAUAUCUUUAGGGGAGCUUUUCCAUCAAGUGGCCAAUUAAUUAAUUUAAAAGUUGGACCAUAAAUUGAGUUAUACCUAAACUAUAUGUGCAGCUAUAGUGUAAUCCAACUACCGUUAAUGCUCUAAUAGAACCACACUCUAUCUGAAGCACACUCCCUAAUAUAAGCAC